UCGGGCCCCACUACUCGAACCGAAGAUCGGUUCGAGGUUUCAAAGUCCCUGAGACGAGAGGCAACGUCGUGAUCGUGCCAGUUCGCUUCUUUCGUUGCUGAAGUUCCAGACAGGAGGAGGAUGAAGACGUUACUCUCGAUCAUUUUCGCGCUACUCUGCAUCCAAGCAGCGCUUAGCGCUGAUCCUCAUGAGCAUAGCAAAGUGGUUUGUUAUUGGAAUAGCACCGCUUUCGAAAGAGAAGGUCCGGCAAAGUUUCAACUCGAUGACGUCAAGCCCGCUUUGUCUCUUUGCACACAUCUCGUUUACGGAUACGCUCAUAUCAAUUCCGAUUUUGAGAUCGUUCCCGGCUCGCCGAAUCUAGAUACCGGAUCGGGCUACUCGUAUUACAGACUCGCCACUCAGCUGAAACGAUCGUUUCCCGAUUUGAAAAUCUAUCUGAGCGUCGGAGGAAAUUCAGAUCCUUACGACGAGGAACACAAAUACCUAGUGCUGACUGAGACUUCGGAAGGCAGAACGAAAUUCAUUAACUCCGUGAAUCGCCUGUUAAACGAUUACGAUUUCGAUGGUAUCGAUCUGGCAUGGCAAUUCCCGCCAGUUAAACCCAAGAAACAGCGCAGCACUCUCGGUUCUUGGUGGCACGGUCUCAAAAAGAAAUUGGGCUACGGAAAAUUCCAAGACGAUAAGGAACAGGAGCAUCGCGACGGUUUCACCAUCUUAGUGCGUGAUCUCAAGACACAACUCAGACCACGAUUCAAGGCUCUGACCAUUACAGUGCUGCCUCACGUUAACGCCAGUGUCUACUACGACGCCAGACUGUUGGCGCCCAACAUCGAGGCUGUGCAUCUCUUCGCCUUCGAUCAGAAAACUCCGGAACGUAGUCCGAAAGAAGCCGAUUUUCCAGCACCAAUUUAUGGCAGUUAUGGACGCGUGGUGGAUGACAAUAUCGAUACCGCGUCAAGUUACGGACACGUGGGAGAUGACAAUAUUGAUGCCGCGGCAAGAUACUGGCUGGAGAAUGGCACUCCUGGCAGCAAGAUCGUCGUUGGGAUUCCGACGUACGCUAACACGUGGAAAUUGACGGCCGAGAGCCAGAUUUCCGGUGUGCCGCCCAUCGUGACUGACGGUCCUGGUACCCCUGGACCCCAUACCAACGACCCGGGAUUAUUGUCCUACGCCGAGAUGUGCGCCAAGUUGACUGAGCACGCGGCGGGAAGACUGCGACGCGUCGGAGACCCGUCCAAGAAAUACGGAAGCUAUGCUUAUCAGGCUUACAACGCUGAUACCGGAGCCGACGGGCUCUGGGCGGGUUAUGAGGAUCCGGAUACUGCCGGUAACAAGGCCGCGUUUGUAAAAUCCAAAGGACUUGGCGGUGUGGCAAUCGUGGAUCUGUCUCUUGACGAUUUCCGAGGUGUUUGCACCGGCGACAAAUAUCCCAUCGUCAGAGGAGCGAAGUAUAAGCUGUAGAGACGCAUGAAGCAAAAAAAUGAUCAUUCUGGAUUGUAUUUAAAGUCAUCGAAACUUCGAGAUGCGUAAUUUGUUCUUCAAAAGAUUUUUACGUUUUUAUUUGAUGAUAGUUAGGCCAUUGUUUGUAUGAGAGAAUUGAGUUUAUACACAUAUAUAUAUUUUAUCUAACGAAUAAACACCUUCAACAUUUUUAAUGAGAUUCAAAGAAAACUUUUAACGAGACAAAUUUUAACGAGAUAAAUUUUCAUGAGAAAGUUUAACGAUGAAUCGUAAACGUAUUGGUAAAAACCGCUUGAUCCGUUUUUUUUUUCUUUUCUGAAACAUCCUUAAGUGCUAUUUAUGUCAUCGGAGUUUUUCCUGGAGUCGAUUUUCCUCGAAAGCAAUGGCGAAUUACCGAGGUCUUACACUUUGCCGGGAGACUUCUCGUAAGUAGAAGUGUCAUCAAGAAUUUCUGAGUGGUUUAAAGUUCACUUAAAACUCAAAAAUUUUCCGAAAGUAUAUACUCUCGAACUGCCACAGAGAAUGGCAAUUGUUUCACGACAAAGAAAAAACUUAUUAUGACGUAUCUGAUAUUUGAUGCUUUCGCGGUGUGUUGUAUUAACAUUCGAAGAUAUUUUUCAGGUUUGAAUCGCGUUCAAGUCAUUUUUAUAUCGACGUUUCGUAAACAUAAAUGUUGGUGUAAAAAUAACACUAACGCGGUUCGAACCCGAAAAAAACAUCUUCGAAUAUUACGACAUACGGAUCAUUUGGUGUCUCGAUUUUAUUUUAUUACUAAAGUUGUGUAUGCAAAGUUAUAAAAGUUAAAUAAAAAAAACCUACUGUGUAUUA